AUGAGUUUCCAGGCGGAGGACGGCGUGGGCAGCCUCUGCCACAAGGCUCUGCAGAUCAUCUCGGAGCUGUGCCUGGGCGGGCAGGUGGAGCGGGAGAAGUGCGCUGGCAUCUUCCCCCUGGAGACGGCCCGGCAAGGCAUCGGUGGCACAGAUGUCUCAGUCAGUCUGUUAGCGGUAGUUGUCAGCUUCUGUGGGCUCGCCCUGCUGGUGGUCUCACUUUUUGUCUUUUGGAAGUUGUGUUGGCCCUGCUGGAGGAGCAAACCUCUCAAUUCCAAUGCCAGUAAUGUCCCACAGAGCAACUCCAGUGCUCCUACAGAGGUUUUGGAGACCAGUGAGAAAAAGGAAGUUAAAGAAAAUGGGAAACCUACAACAAAGGUACUUGAAGCUGCACUGAAAAUUAGCCACACUUCACCAGAUAUACCAGCAGAGGUCCAGAACGCACUGAAAGAGCAUCUGAUCAGACAUGCUCGCAUGCAGAGGCAGAUCACUGAGCCCACGUCGUCGUCAAGGCACAAUUCUUUCAGGAGGCACUUGCCAAGGCAGAUGCAAGUGUCCAGUGUUGAUUUUAACAUGGGGACAGAUCCGAUUUUGCAAAGGGGAGAGACGACAACCAGCAUUGGGAGAAUAAAACCAGAACUCUACAAACAGAAGUCUGUGGAUUCUGACGGGCAACAAGAAGAUGUGAAAACAUGUGGAAAACUUAACUUCACUCUCCGGUAUGAUUAUGAAAAUGAACUUCUGGCUGUCACAAUUGUCAAAGCCUUAGAUCUGCCAGCUAAAGACUUCACAGGAACAUCCGACCCCUACGUUAAGAUUUAUCUGCUUCCAGAUAGGAAAAAGAAGUUUCAGACACGAGUUCACAGAAAGACAUUAAAUCCUGUCUUUGAUGAAACCUUUCAGUUUCCUGUAGCCUAUGAUCAACUCAGCAACAGGAAAUUGCAUUUCAGUGUUUAUGAUUUUGACAGAUUUUCUAGACAUGACAUGAUUGGGGAAGUUAUUCUUGAUAACCUUUUUGAAGUCUCAGAUCUCUCCAGGGAAGCCAAUGUAUGGAAAGACAUCCACUGUGCCACCACAGAAAGCAUAGAUUUGGGUGAGAUCAUGUUUUCCCUUUGUUAUUUGCCUACUGCUGGGAGAAUGACAUUGACAGUCAUCAAAUGUAGGAAUCUCAAAGCAAUGGAUAUAACUGGAGCAUCAGAUCCGUAUGUCAAAGUGUCCCUGAUGUGUGAGGGACGAAGACUGAAAAAACGGAAAACCACCACGAAGAAGAACACCCUCAAUCCCAUUUAUAACGAGGCCAUCAUCUUUGACAUCCCUCCAGAGAACGUGGACCAGGUCAGCCUCUCCAUUGCAGUGAUGGAUUAUGAUCGAGUAGGGCACAAUGAGGUCAUUGGGGUAUGUCGGACAGGCAUUGAUGCUGAAGGGCUUGGAAGAGAUCAUUGGAAUGAAAUGUUGGCUUACCCACGUAAACCAAUAACUCACUGGCAUCCACUACUGGAGCUACCUGGCCGAGCAACCAGUUUUGAUAGCCAGGGAUCUUGUUCAUCACCAAAACCUCCGCUUACACCCUAAGGAACAAGAGUGGAUUCAUCGUGUUCAGUGUCCAAAGCUCCCUCCCAUCUACAUAUACAGAAGGUUUGGCAUCCACAGAUGAACUGUAUCCAUAUUUUUUUAUUAAAAUACAUUUUUCCUAUUCUAAGUCUUAUUAUACAGUUUAUAAUAAUUUCUUAAUGUAUGAAUGAAGUUGACUCCAGUCUAAUAUAACCCUUCCUCAUGCAAAUUCAUUCACCUGUUUUAUCACUGGCAUGUAUCCAGUGUCAUAUCCAAGCAGUGUUUUGAUAUGACCUGUAUCUUUGCAUAGACAAAGAAAACAGAGGAAAAAAAAAAAUCCCUUAAACAAUUCAAAACUACUGCAGCUUUUAAGGCCUAAUUCUUUUGAGGGAGAGCAAAUAGUAUAAAUAUAUGUAUCUCAUGUCAUAAAUUUCUUCUAAAUUGCACUAAAUCCUGAGAGACUUUGCAAGAUAGCACUCCAAACCGAAUGUUGCAUGACAAAAAAAAUAAAUGUUGUCAUGUUUUGAGUGUAAAAUCAGCUCAUUCCUUGGGCGGGGAGGAAGGGCUGAUCAAAAGUCCACCAAAGCCAAUGACAAGGAUCUACUGGCUUUGCUGGGUUUUAGGUCAACCCUUAUGGAACAGGCAUCAGAACUGGAUCUAUGCAGUUAUAAUCUUCCAGCAAUCACAGUGCCAGCUGCCCCUAUUCUCCUGUCCAGCAAAGCAGCCAGGCACGGGCCCCCAGGCACUGGAAGAUGGUUUGCUUCAGCUGCCCAGUGGCUGACAAAGAGCUGUCUGGGAUGUCUCUGCAUGGCACUGACAGUGCCUGUACAGGUAUCGCUGUGGAAAAUGAAUGUUUCUGCAAUGAGGGGUGUGGAAGUGGAUGCAGCUCCACAGGGAUGUAGGUGUCUCCUGAUGAGGUGCAUCCAGCCCAUCAAAACAGCCCGUUUGUUGCUGGCAUCAUGCAGUCCUUGCCUGAUGUUUACACAAGUCAAACUAGUGUAAACUAGGAGAGAAUGCUCUGAAGUAAAGGAAUUGAUUUAAUGUAUUUUAUCUGCUCAGAAAAUUGAGCAAAUGCUGCAGUUACCCAGAAUGUUUUUCAGAUUCUUGGUUUAAUGUGACAGAUGGAGAUUACUUUGAAGUUAUUUUGACUGCAUGCAUAGCACACGUGGAAUAGUUUCUGGUCACCAGCUGGAUGCCUCUAGAAUUAUAUACUAAAUAUGAAUUUGAGAUAUUUAGAUAUGUUUUCUGUCAGUGUAUGGAGAGAAAAAUUGAAAUGUAGCUAUUUAUCAGAAUACACAGGACAGCAAAUGCAAAAAAACAUUGGCUGUAGUCAGAUGAUUUAAAAACUAGAAGAGAACUACAUAUUAUUUUAUGAAUUUCUCUCUUUCAAACACUGCAGUUUACCUCAAUUGGAUAAAUCACAUAGCUAUUUCCUUUUUUCUUUUUUCUUUCUGUGAAGAGCAUGGCAAAGACUGCACAAUUUGGUCUGAGAUUUUCGAAGCUGAACUGUAACUAGAAAAAAGUUGAGGUAGUGGUACUUUUUGUAUCUUUGCAAUAUAUAAAGAAAACAGAAGACAGUGUUUUCCAAAACAGCAUUUUUACAGGUAAAAGGUGUCAUAAAUGAAAAAAAUUGCCAAUGGGAGAUUGGUUUAAGAUAAUGAAAGAAAUUUUGAGAAUUAAUCCAGAUAUGAAGGGAAAAGGUAGUUUUGACAAACUUCUGAAGAACCAUUUUGGGUUGGUUUAGCCUGGUUGACACAGAAAAUGUUUAUGACAAUCCAGUCCCUCCAUUCCACUAACUAAUCUCUAAGACAGUCAAUCAUGCCUCAAAGUGUCUUAACUGCUCCAGAAAAGUUGGGAAGGCUGGUCUUAACACUGCAGAUGUUUCUAAGUCAAAAAAGGAGGCAGGUUUUACAUCUUGCCUUCUGUGACUACAAACACAGCAGACAAGCAAAUAAAUACAAAAAUCAAUCUUUCAGACAGUCUUUACAAAUAAAUUUAAAAGACUAAAAAAAAAAAGAAAAAAAAAAGAAAAAAUUAGAAAAAAAGAAAAAGCUCCAGCCCAAGUUUGUGAAUGUCUGUUUCAGGUUGCUAUUCAUGGCCUCUAGGUAGAAAUGGUUUCUCCCAGAGAGGGUUGGUAGUUCUGAACACUUACCCUCCCUGUUUAAGAUUGUAUUUUCAUCACCAUAAAUACAGAGUGGCCUUGCAGAAUUUCAUUCCUUCAUUUGCCCUGCGUGAGUAAUUUUUUUAAUAGGAGAACAAGCUCUCCUCUGUGAGGUUUUUCCUCCCAUCAUUGUUAUCACGCUGAAAUUCUGUGGUCUAGUUAAUUUUCAACAUGAUUCUGCAAGGUUGAUAUAGAAACAGAUAUAUAUAUAUAUGGAGAUUGAAAAUUAUUUUGUGUAUACAUUUACCUUAAUAUAAAUUAUAUUAGCAGUGGCCUUUGUGGCCUAGAAAAUACUUUUUGUAAUGUGGUACUGUAACAGUUAACUAAAUAUUCUUUGCACUUUUUUGCACCUAAUAUCCAAAAAGCUAAGGAUUUCACAAUCAAAUGUAGCAUAAGUGUUCAGCAAUCAGCAACAUAUUUUUAACUAUUUCAUUGUUCUUUAUGAGUAUUCUGUAUGUUUCAUCAUAGGUAGUAAGGUAUUUCAAAAUUCUUUUUCUUAAAUUUUAAUUGUUGUCAAAUACCAAAGGCUCAGUUUGUCCCCUCUUGUUGUGUUAUUUCUGAUAUCGUUAAUAACGAUAGUGAAUGACUUCUGUGUCUAAACUUGACUGAUGGGUGCCCUGCAUCUAGGAAAAAUCAGGCAGCAAAAUUAUUGGGACACCUAACUUCAAAAAUGAUGCCCUAAUUAAUUAUAUUUAGUCCCUUAACAGUGAUUAAUAGAAAUAAUGCAAAAGAUAUUUUUUCCCCACUGUUUUCUUAGUUAUCUCAAAAGAUAGAGUAUAUGCUCAGUAUAACCAGUCUAUUGUCUUUAGAGCCUGGUUCAUAAGUUGCUCUGAGUGUAAUCACAGAAGCCUUGAGGAAAAGCUUAGCACAGUUUAAGCUAAGAAAUAUGUUGCUUUAUGUAUAUCUUUAUUAAGAAAUUUAAAAUAUUUUAAUUUGGAGAAGUUGUAAAUUCCCUGCUCCCACUCUGAAUUCUUUUUUGUUGUAGUUGUUGUUGGUUAUCCACAUUUCUGCCAUAUCUUCUACAUCAGCCUAAUUUGUGAAAAAUCAAAUCUGGCAAAUGUUUGGUGUAAAAUAUAUUGUAGUAAUUUUACAACAGUUUGAAAAGCUUACUUUCCUAAAAGCCUGAAUUAUUUUUAUUGAAGCAGUUUACUGAUAGCAGCAAGAGUACUUAACAAGAAUUGUAUUUUGCACGGCAUAGCUUUUUUAUACUUUCACUCUGCACGGGUGAUGCUCAGUAAGGUGUCAGUCACUUAUUGCACUCCAUGACCUCAGCUUCAGAUGACAGCAUUGUCACACUUCUGCUGAUGUGGCCCUUUCCCUCACUCUCCCAGCAUCUUUCCCCACCAUCUCUUGUCUAUAUUGAGCUUCUGUUCAAGCAGUAGAAAACUGACCCUUAUUUUUGUCUGCAGUGCUCAAAACUGACUCCUGGCCUUAAAAAAGUUGUAAUACGAAACCUAAAGGUGAAGGAUAGCUGCAUCACUCAUUUUCAUGCUACAAAUUGCUGUCAGGGAAAUAACCUCCUCUCUCCACAGUCCUUUAUGAGCAUCAGACAUUCAUAAAUAAGCAACUUUGCCUGAUUAGGGAUAUGUAUAUUGGUCAGAGACAGAUAAAGUGGUCAGAAAGUUCCCCUGCAAAAUUUCUUCUUCAAUAUUGGGAAUUCUUUGGACUUCUUGUGUUUAAGUGACAAAACUAUACAUUUUUCUUAAAGAAUCACAACCACAUUCAAUAUUUUUGAAGAAAAUGUCGAGCAAACAGGAAAUGUUUUCAUUGGGUUGAUUUUUUCCAAGGGGAUAAACAAUUACUUACCUAAUUUCUUUCUAUGGAUGCAUUUUUGGAGCAAUAUUAAGAAAACUUUAGGUUUCGAAAACAAAGACAUUUGAUCCAUCCUUUUCUCCUCUUUCUUUGUUUUUUUUUUGUUUGGCUUUGCUGUAAUCCUUUUAA